GAGUUUUUGCCGCCAAACGAGCAGGCCUUGAGGGCCCUGGAGAAGUUGACCGGUGAAGCCGAGAUUGAGUUCGAGGAGGUGCCGGACGACCGAUUCGACAAGCCCGACGGCAUCACCAUCCUCCUGGCCGACCUCGAUAAGGCCAUAGGACGGAUGCAGGGCGAGUCCAUCAACGCCUUCAUUCGUCGCUUCCGGUUGCUAGAGCGCAAGCUGGCCGACAACAAGGUGCCGGAGUACCCUGAGCAAGCAAGGGUGAUAAAGUUGCUGGACGGCCUAAGACUGGACGAGAAGGCUACAGCUGCUGUUUUGCUGGCGGCCGGGAACCGCUACUGCAUGAAAGAUGUCGUGGAAGCCUUGAG